AUGGCAUCAAACAUCACUACCACUGCGGCCGAUUCGCCCGUCUCCCGCAAGCGACCUGCCGAGGACGAGGCCCUCAAGGCCGAGGAGCUGCAGCCCAAGGGUGAGUCCGCUGUGGCCGCUCCCGCCGCCGACGCGUCAGCCGAAAACGGCGCGGACGACGAGGGAGAGCAGCAACCUGCCAAGCGUGCUCGCAAGGAGGAGGAGGAGGAGGAGACGAAGGAGACAGAGUCGCAGGAGAACAAGGAAGAGGAGGAGAGCAAGAACAAGAAGGAACAGAAGGCGGAAGAGAGCGGCGGCGGCGGCAAGCUGGCUUUCUUGGGGCCGACGGGGUCGGGCGAGGGCUUCUCGAGCUUCUCGUCGCUCGCGGCCGGUCCCCUCUCCUUCUCGUCGGUGUCGUCCGGCGCCGCCGACGCGGGCGCGGCGCCCCUCAGCUUCAACCUGGGCGCGGCGGGGUCGACGCCCGGCCCGUUCAGCAUCGACUUCUCGUCGCCGACGCCCUUCGGCUCCCUCUUUGGCGGCGAAGGCAGCAAGGACGGCAGCGCCGCUGCUACGCCCUCGCUCACCUCCACGGGCUUCACCCUCUUCUCCUCCUCCGCGCCCUCGACCUCCUCCGACUUUGCCUUCAGCCUCAGCUCUUCGUCGUCUUCCCUCCUCUUCUCCUCGGGCGCUGAGAGCUCGUCUACGUCUGUGGCCGAAAAGGUCGAAGUGGUGACCGGCGAGGAGAACGAGGAGCGCGUUCACUCGGUGCGGGCCAAGCUGCUCAAGCUGGAGCCGGAGAGCCAGGCCUGGAAGGAGAGGGGCUCCGGCCAGCUCCACCUCAACGUCGCCAAGGACCACUCCUACGCCAGACUCGUCAUGCGCGCCGAGGGAGCGCUGCGUCUGAUCCUCAACACCGCCCUGUUCCCGCACACCAUCACCAAGAGGGUGCAGGAGAAAGGCGUACAGGUGUCGGCGGUGGAGGAGGGCAAGCCGGUCCUGUACCUCCUGCGCGCAUCUCGCAGAGACGAGGCCGAGGAGCUGUUCGCCGCCAUCAACCGCCACAAGGAACUCGGCGGCAGCAGCUCCAGCGUGUAG